AUGUUGAAUCAAAUUACAAAGCGGUUCCAUUCAUACAAUGAAUACCUUCAACUUCGAUUCGUUUGCAAGCAAUGGAACUUCAAUAUUCCACUGAUUCCCAGUGGCAACAAAGUUCCAUGGCUGCUAUUACCUAUUGCUACUGCUGCUGCUAAAAAUUCUUUGAAAGAGGACGACAUCUAUGAUAAUCAAGAAGAAACUCUUGACAUCCGUAGUCUUGAAGAGAAGGAGAUUUACCAUCUCACGUUGCCAGAGCUGCAAAAUAACUUUAUUCGUGGAUCUUGUCAUGGAUGGUUAAUAAUCGUAUCAAUAAAUGAAGGCACCGUACGAAUGUUAAAUCCAUUUACAAAGGUUUGUUUCGAUCUUCCUCCAAUUUCAACUCUUCCUGAUGCAAUUAUUGAUACUCAUGGUGACAAAUGUACUCUUAGUUUUGAGGAUAGGGUUGGCACUCUAGAUAUGAUUUUCAUCCAUAAAAUCAAUGUUUGGAAGGUUAUUACAAAUUCAGCUCCUAAUAAUGAUAAUUACAAUGGUUUAGGGUUUAGGGUUUUACAGGCCCAAUGA